GGUGCCGUCGGGAAACCUCGGCGGCAGAGGGCGGGCUUGGUCGCCAGCGGAAGCCGGUGAGGCAGGACCCGACUACCGGGACAGGAGAGGUGGCCGUGGAGGGCGUCAGCCGGGCUGGGCCGACUCACACUACUCAGGCGGGUUGGAGGGGCCGCUGCCGGGCUGCAUCAAGGCUGAGAGCUGGGUGUGUCAGAUCCAUGCUGCUGCCAGCUCGGGCACCCAAGGCUUGGCAUGGGCUUUCCCGGCUCAAGCUGCUGGCCCCAGCCCCUCCUGGAGCUCCUGGAGGCAAGGCCCUGCAUCUGAGGCCCUGGCUCUUGUCAGGGCAGGGCCCUGCAGGAACAGGAGGGCACAGCCGGACCCAGGGCCCUGGGCUGCGGACAAGGCUGCUUAUCACGGCCCUAUUUGGGGCAGGGCUCGGAGGGGCCUGGCUGGCUGCUCGGGCCGAGAAGGAGCGGUGGCGGCAGCAACAGCGGACAGAGGCCCUGCGCCAGGCGGCCGUGGGCCAGGGUGACUUUAGCCUGUUGGACCACAGGGGCCAGGCCCGCUGCAAAGCCGAUUUCCGGGGUCAGUGGGUCCUGAUGUACUUUGGUUUCACCCACUGCCCUGACAUCUGCCCCGAUGAGCUGGAGAAGUUGGUACAGGUGGUGCAGCAGCUGGAGGCCGACCCCAGCCUGCCACCCAUGCAGCCCAUCUUCGUCACUGUGGACCCAGAGCGGGACGAUGUGCCAGCCAUGGCCCGCUAUGUGCAGGACUUCCAUCCACGGCUGCUGGGUCUGACUGGCUCCACCGAGCAGGUAGCCCAGGCUAGUCGCAACUACCGUGUAUACUAUAGUCCUGGUCCCAAGGAUGAGGACCAGGACUACAUCGUGGACCACUCCAUUGCCAUCUACCUGCUCAACCCUGAUGGUCUCUUCACCGACUACUAUGGCCGGGGCAGGUCGGCCGAGCAGAUCGCAGACAGUGUGCGACGCCACAUGGCUGUAUUCCGUAGCGUUCUCAACUGAGCUGCAUCUCCUGUGUGUCAUUAAACGGGAGCCAGGGAGCA